AUCUUUGUAGGCGUUUCGCGUAUUUGGCCGGUAAAAAACCGAGCAAAACCAAGUGGCCGUUGAAGUCGACCGCCACGUCACAGGCAGGCAGCUGGUGAAAAAGAGAAAUCAGUUGAUGGCGGAAAUUCAAAAUACCCCCAUGCUCACUCUCCCUCUCUGCAUCUUUCAUUUCCGAUCACCCGAUUUCACAAAGGGGAGCUCACUUCUCACUCACAGUCUCUUCUUUAUCAUCCUCGCUCGGCCUGCCGGUUCGCAAUUCCGAUAGCUCGGAUCUUCCGAAACUUCUUUCCGACUUCGGUAACCAGCGCAUGCUCAACGGCUCGCCGCCGGCACUCGUCUCUUAUUGACUAGGUGAGAGGAAGAGGGAGAAGGUGAUCGGACUUUUCAUUUCUUGAGUUUCGGAUUUUUUGGAUGGACUAAGUUGGGAGACUGAUUUGUUUUGGUGGGAACAGUAGUGAAGGAUUUUGUGGAUCAUGGAUUCAUCUUCGUCGGACCCGGGGAUGAAGCCGGAGGUAGGAGGAGCUGGGAGCAGCAGUGGCGGAGGAGAGAGUUCGGAGGCGGCGGCCGUGGUUACUAACGAUCAGAUGUUGCUGUACAGAGGGUUGAAGAAAGCGAAGAAGGACAGGGGAUGUACUGCGAAAGAACGAAUUAGCAAGAUGCCUCCUUGUACUGCUGGGAAACGCAGCUCCAUUUACCGCGGGGUUACUAGGCAUAGAUGGACAGGUCGCUAUGAAGCUCACCUUUGGGAUAAAAGUACAUGGAACCAGAACCAGAAUAAGAAGGGAAAGCAAGUUUACUUGGGGGCAUAUGAUGACGAGGAGGCUGCAGCUAGAGCAUAUGACCUUGCUGCCUUGAAAUAUUGGGGGCCUGGCACACUCAUUAAUUUUCCCGUUUCAGAUUAUACUAGAGAUCUUGAAGAAAUGCAGAAUGUCUCCCGCGAGGAAUACCUGGCCUCUCUUCGGAGAAAGAGUAGUGGGUUUUCAAGAGGUAUCUCUAAGUACCGUGGGCUUUCCAGUAAUCGGUGGGACUUGUCAAUUGGACGUAUGGCUGGACCUGGGCACUUCAGUAAUGUGAACUAUGGUGAUGAUCCUGAAAAUGAGUAUAUUGGCAGUUUUUGCAUGGAUAGAAAGAUUGAUCUAACAUCUUACAUCAAAUGGUGGGCUCCCAGUAGAAUACGUCAAGUAGACUCCAUCUCCAGAUCAUCUGAGGACCCCAUGCAUAGCUCUUCAGACGAUGUUGCCCGAGAACUCAGAACCUUGGAGUGGGCAGUACAGCCUACUGAACCAUUCCAGAUGCCCCAGCUAGGGGUUUCUUCUGAACCAAAGAAACGUAAAGUUUCGGCCUUGAGCAUUCUCUCACAGUCUGCUGCUUACAAAAACUUGCAAGACAAAGCAUCCCAAAGGACGGAAAAUAAUGACGUGAAUGAAAAUAAGACGAUGAUUAACAAGAUGGAUUAUGGCAAAGCUGCUGUUGAUGACAAGUCGACUAUGAGUCAUGGUAAUAGUAGCAGCGAUAGUAGAGCUGGAGCUGGACUAGGAAUGAGUCCAGCAGCAUUGUCUCUCCACGGGAACAUGUACCCGUUAACUUCAUUCCUGUCUGGUCAGCUUGUAAACAACUACAAUGGUGGCGUUGACCCUUUGGAAGACCCUCUACUUUGGACAUCACUGGUUCCUGUUCUUCCUCCUGGAAUAUCCAGAAACCCUGAGGUUACGAAGACUGAAGCAAGCUCAACCUAUACGUUGUUCCAGCCAGAGGACUGAUGACUCCGCCACAUCUUACAGUAAUCUGGCCUAUGAAAAUUUCCAUGAUUAGAACUAAUCUCAGUUUCUAACAGAACCCUUUGUGUCAAUCUUGACAGUAAUGUGUAAUAUAUUAAGUUAAAGACCUUCUCUGUGUUAUUCUCUUUGAAUUAGACAAAAUUUCAGUCGAUGUUUACUGUAAAGUAGUUCUAUGUAAUGGUCGGUUAAGAUAGAAGCAUCUUUUGAUACCUCAAUCCAAUUUGUUGGUAAUUUAAAUAUGGGCUUGAAAUUUCUUCCUCGUUUUGUUUGGCGAAACAUGGAAAGCCCAAUGCUAAGAGGCCCUGUUCUGGCCAAGUUUGAAUGAACUCCUUUUGGCAUCCAAGGAUACGGAAGUGAUGGAAUAUCGAUUUUAGCAUUGAAGGACGAAUAAUUCAGUAUAGAAUUA